GGAGGCGGGAUUUAUCUGGACAGCCUCAUGUCAACAAGCAAGAUGGCGGCGCGCGUUGGCGUUUUACGGUUAAACUUGAUGCGUUUAAGGACUCCGUGUUCGUGUGUAAGGAGUUUUUCGUCGCGGUCACACGCGCCGGUUAACGAAGACUUUACAUCCGAACGCGUACGACGGACAUUCGUGGAUUUUUUCCAGCAGGAAUAUGGACACCGGGUUGUUCCGUCCUCACCGGUUCGACCCAGAGGAGACCCGAGUCUGCUGUUCGUCAACGCGGGGAUGAAUCAGUUUAAGCCCUUAUUGCUCGGCUGUGCUGACCCACGCAGUGAGAUGGCCUCGUACCGGCGUGUGGUGAACAGUCAGAAGUGUGUGCGUGCUGGUGGAAAACACAACGAUCUGGAGGACGUGGGCAGAGACGUGUACCAUCACACCUUCUUCGAGAUGCUGGGCAACUGGUCGUUUGGUGACUACUUCAAGGUAGAAGCUUGCACGAUGGCCUGGCACCUGCUAACAGAAGUGUAUCGGAUCCCUGCCGAGCGUCUCUACGUGUCCUAUUUCUCCGGUGACGUGGCGAGCGGCUUACCUGAGGACAAAGAGACACGACAGAUCUGGCUUGGCCUUGGCGUGCGCCCGGAUCACAUCCUCCCAUUUGGAAUGAAGGAUAAUUUCUGGGAGAUGGGCGAGACGGGGCCGUGUGGCCCGUGCACCGAGAUCCACUACGACCACUUCGGCGAUCGGAAUGCUGGUGCACUCGUCAACGCGGACAGUCCGGACGUGGUGGAGAUCUGGAAUUUGGUGUUCAUGCAGUACAACAGGGAGGGUGAUGGAAGCCUGCAUCCUCUCCCCCAGUGCAGUGUGGAUACUGGAAUGGGACUGGAGAGACUCGUGACUGUGCUGCAAGGGAAACGCUCCAACUACGACACUGACCUGUUCACACCUCUACUGUCUGCCAUCCAUGAGUGCAGUAAAGUCGGUGCUUAUUCAGGACGGACCGGCGAUGGCGACAGAGGCCGUGUGGACAUGGCGUACCGUGUGGUGGCUGAUCACAUUCGCACGCUGUGUGUGUGCAUCGCGGAUGGAGUGUAUCCCGGGAUGACCGGGGCAGAGCUGGUUUUGCGUCGCAUCCUGCGCCGAGCUCUGCGCUUCUCCACAGAAGUCUUGCAGGCUCCCGAGGGUGCGCUGGCGAGCCUGGUGCCCACCGUAGCCCACAUCCUGGGUGGCGCUUAUCCUGAACUGCAAGCGGAAACUGCCCGGAUCAUGGAAAUCAUCAACGUCAACGAGGCACAGUUUCUGUCCUCCCUCAAGCACGGACGUAGAGUCAUCGAAAGGACGCUGAAUAAGAUGGAACAAGACGGGAACGCUGUCGAGUUUCCAGCCGCUGUGGCCUGGUCCCUGCACAGGAACCUGGGUUUCCCACUCGACCUCAUUGACCUCAUGCUGGAGGAGCGCGGCAUGUCCGUGGACAAACGUGGAGUAGAGCAGCUUGCAGCCGAACGUGACGAGAGUCGGACUGAAGGAGGCGCCGGAGAGCGAGGACUCUAUUCUGACUUGCAGAGUCUCUCGGAGCUGCAGCGCAGAGGGAUUUCUCACACGGAUGACUCUCCGAAAUACAGCUACGUCCUGAAGCAGGACGGCACUUACGCCUUUCCUCCAUGCAGAGCUUCAGUGUUGGCAAUGUACAGUGACCAGGGUUUGGUGUCAGAGGUCACUGAGGGUCAGCGUUGUUCUGUGCUGCUCGACCGAACCUGCUUCUACGCCGAGCAGGGCGGCCAGACGCACGAUUCCGGCUACUUCACCAAAGACGGGCUGCAGGAUGUGUUGUUCCCUGUGGAGUGUGUACGUGUGGCUGGAGGCUAUGUCGUGCACAAGGUCACUGCAGCUGAAACUCUGAGCAUCGGAGACCGAUUAGAGCUACACGUAGAUGAGGCUCAGCGUCUAGCCUGCAUGGUGAAGCACACGGCCACUCACGUGUUGAACUUCGUCCUGCGAGAGCUGCUGGGGUCAGAGGUCAUACAGAGAGGUUCGCACGUCACUGCAGACCGACUGCGCUUCGACUUCAGCUCCAAGGCCUCUCUGAGUGUAUCACAGCUACAGGAAGUGGAGCACAUGAUUCAGACCAUCAUCCAGCAGAACGACGUGGUCCACACACAGGAAGUGCCUUUAGCGCAAGCCAAUCAGAUUGCAGGACUGAGAACCGUUGAUGAGGUGUAUCCUGAUCCUGUUCGUGUAGUGUCUGUGGGGGUCCCCGUAUCCGAGCUGCUCAGUGGCGAAGCACACAAACGCACCUCUGUCGAACUCUGCUGUGGAACUCAUUUGCUGCGGACCGGAGGAAUCCAGGACCUUGUGAUCGUGUCUGAGCGACAGAUGGUGAAGGGAAUCAGCCGCAUCAUAGCUGUGACCGGAGAUGCUGCCAAAAACGCCCGGGAGGCAGGGCAAGCAGUGCUGGAGGAGGUGGACUCUCUUGCGGCUCGCAUCUCAGCUGGCCCCGCCCACUCACUGCCAACUGCACUGAGGCUCUCAAAGGACGUUGGCCUCCUGAUUGAUGCUGUAGAGAGCACUCCAAUCCCACACUGGCAGAGAAGAGAGAUCCAUACUCGACUAAAGGCUUUACAGAGGAACACCAACACCGCCAUCCGCAAGCUGGAGCUCAAAGAGGCUGCUGCAAAUGCACAGAAACUGUUGAACAGACACUCUGAUAAAUCUGUGCUGGUGGACACGCUGGACACUGACUCACUAUCUGUGUUGAUGAAGACUGUAAACCAGCUGAGCGAGCGAACUCCACACACUCUGGUCAUGCUCCUGUCUUACCUUCAGCCAUCAGGGAGAGUGCUUUGUGCAUGUCAGGUGCCUAAGGGUCAGACUGCCAUCUCUGCAAGUGAAUGGGCUCUGGCUGUUUGCCACCGCUUGGGCGGGAACGCGGGUGGCUCAGCGACUGUUGCUAAGGGGGUCGGCAUAGCGACUGACUCUUCCAGCCUCCAGGACACAUUGCGUUGGGCAGAGGAGUUUGCAAACGGCAAACGUUAAUACAUUUUGUGAGUUUUGGACUGUGUUUUGUGGUAGUUUGGUAUAGAAUAAAAGACCGGUUGGAGAGGACUCUGCUGUUUAUAUACGGGGACCGGGUGUGGUGACGUGGCCUGAUGUGAAGCGAAGUUACUGUUCACACCCUAAUACUGAUUAUUUUUCCCAUAACAGCACGUCCACUUAUACCACAGCAAUGUGUUGUAGAUCACCUAGGAAACCAGCUAGUUCCUGAAACUGGUAAAGUUCUAGCAGGUAGGGCAGUGAGGGAAAAACCUGCUAGAACUUUACCAGUUACAGGAACUAGCUGGUUUCAUAGAAAUGAUCAUGUGUGCAAAUAAAAGCUGCUUCUGUAGGAAGUUUAAUUCAUACCUUCUGACCAAUCAGAACGGAGACAAUGCUGUGGUAUAAAUCGUAUUGAUAUAUUCCAUAGAAAGCAUGUACUACUUGACCAUAUGCCUUUGUUUUAAAAGGCCUGCACUAUCUAUCCUCAUGGGGUUGACUGGGGCUAGCAUCUUAAUGGGUAUCAAUUAAAUUAUUUUCCUAACUUCCAUGGAUUUUGUUUCUGUAAAUAUAAUAGACAGUAGAGCAAAUAAACUUGAUAUGAUAAUACAA